AUGAGCGAAUAUCAGUCUUGGGGAAAGCGCAAGGGAUGGGAGGACGUCGAGCCGACCAGGCAGGAUGACGGCGUGGACAGCUGCGUGGUGUCGAUACCCUAUUCCGCAGAGUUUGAGGAUACGAUGAACUACAUGAGGACGAUGAUGAAGAGGGAUGAGCACAGCCUGCGUGCGUUAGAGAUUACCAGGGAGGCCAUUGAGUUAUGUCCCGGGAACUACACACUGUGGUGCUACAGAAGGUCUAUCCUGUCUUCGCUAUCGGACUCCGCCCUAUUCUUGGAGGAGUUUUCGCUAACGGAAGCCUUCAUUGAGGACCAUCCGAAGUGUUAUCAGGUGUGGAGCUACCGCCAAUGGCUCGUCGAAGCCACCGACGACCUCAGUCGAGAAGUUAAGCUAUGCGAUGCGGCCAUCGAGAGCGACUCGAAGAACUACCACGCCUGGUCGUACAGGCAAUGGCUCGUUACCCGCCUUAGAAUCUGGCGGGAGGAGCUCGAAUACCUGGACGAGAUGCUCCGAAGGGACCACUGGAACAAUUCCGUGUGGAAUAUGCGCUAUUUUGUCGUGAAGCACCUCGGACCCGCUGCGGACUUCGUAGAGCGAGAGAUCGACAUCUCCGUUCAAUACAUCCAGAAGGACGUCGACAACGAGAGUCCGUGGAACUAUCUGAACGCCAUGGUUCGAGAGUCCGACUCCGAGGGUGCCGAGAAGCGUUUCGUGGAGUUUUGUCAGCAGUGUAUAGCUGCACAUCUUAGAAGCGUUCAUCCACGUGCGGCGUUGGUCCGUGCGUAUUUAUGUUUUGCUCGGUCGGGUGUGCGCGCGGGGUUGGAGGAGGCGAGGGCGGCGGAGGUGUGCCUCGAGCUCUCGGAGCUCGACCCGAUAAGAAGGAAGUAUUGGUUGUUUUGCCACAGGAAAAUAAAGUCAGAUUCCCGUUCGCUUUGA